AUGGUCGAGCGAGCCAAACCUCUUCGGAUUUUCUCCUCUGUGUAUCCACUUUCAAAUUUUUAUGUGACGAAAGAGGCUGCAAUUGGAAUUUCUUUCAAGAGGGUCCGGAAGACAACUUCUGAGAGAAAGAAAGGGAGUGCUAAUUCCAAGGAUCAGAUGAAGGAGAUGAUGCUGAUGCUGAUGCUGAUGCUGAUGAUGAUGGUGGUGGUGGAGAAGAAGUUGACCAAAUUUGAUUGGCCGUGGCUCUUAUCAUUUUCUUUCCCAAAGCACCGACUCUUUCUUCACUCCUCUUCCCCUCCAGCGUCGGUUCCUUCUCUUCGCACGCGGUAUCUUUGCAUCUCCGUUCGCCGUCGGUUCAAGCGGGAAUUUGCGUUCAGAUCUUUGGUGGUGGGUCACUGCAAAACAGGGAGAAUCGUUGAGCUCAGAUGCUGGCCGCCACCGCCGCCGUCCAAAAGGAGGCACUCACGGGGUUGGAACAAGACCUCCGGGAAUUCCCGUCGUGUAGCUUGGCGUUUACUUGCGACUAUCUUUGGCCAAAAGGGCUUUGUAUUGUCAACCAAUGUCGAGCUACGACCUCAAAUAUCCGCAGAUGCAUAUUUGUUCUUCAUGCCUAUGUAUGCUCCAUUGCUUUGAACGGAUUUAAUCGAUAAUAAGGCCAACACAAUGGAGGACUAGUAUUCUUUACCUGAAUGAAUGUGCUUUUUCCAAUCACAUUUUCGCUCUCGAAUUGUUUUCAAUCCUCAUUUUCUGCCGAUGAUGGCGAGGAAAGGAG